AAGAAACAAGAACGUUUGCAUUAUCAUUGAGCUAAUUUCAAUAAAGAUUACUGACAUAAAGCUCGUAUCGUAGAUGAAUCACACAUAUAUAUAUAUAUAUCUUCAUGCAAUGCAGGUAGUACAUACAAAAGUAUUGAGCUAAUGAGUUAACAACUAAAAUGCGUUUAUUAUUAGUAAGCAUCAUUGUUUCCUGAAUUAUGAUAACUGUGAGUUACCAUGAUAAUCAAUUCACCGGACUUAAGGGUAAACAUUUUCUAAAGCAGCCAAUAGGCUCUCUUUGUUGUUCUUUAUGAUGACACGAAGGCCCCAUCCUCAAUUUUUAUGGUUGAAUUUUUUGGUUUGCCGUUGAUAAGAUAGCUAGUAAAGCAGACAGCGAAUAUGUAUUCAACAAAUUGUGAGUAUUUCAAUUAGAAAAAGAGAGACAAUUCAUGAGAAAGAAGGAAAGAAACAUAUAUAAAAGCUUUUUCUUUGCAUUAUUUUGUGCUUUAUGCUCCCCAACUAUACCAACUCAUUGUAUAACUCUUUGUUAAUUCAUCAUUUUUAUACUUUAAAGGCACAUAAUUAAUAGAUAAAUUCGCUUUUAUAACUGUAUAUAUAUUAGACACAGCCAUAACGACACAAAAGAGUGUGUUUUAAUUUGUUGCUUCUUUUAACUUAAUCUAGAGUUGUGAGUUUGCUCUUGUGGUAGUUUCCUUUGAUCUGUUUCAUUUUAUUUGUGUUAUUGACAAAAAAAUAGAGGAAGAUGAGAGUUUAAAGGUGUUCAUAUCUUUGAGCUAAAUUCUCCACACCAAGAGAAUCCAAUCGACUUCAAAACCACACAAAAACGCUCAAAUCUCGCAUGCAACAAGGAGAAAAUGAACGAAUCAAGUUCGUGGAGCAUCUACAGUGCCAGAGAUGGAGAGAGUGAAGGGCCAUGGAGAUCUUCUACUUCGAUGAGUGCGAUCUCCUUUGGAUUCGUAGCUACGGCGAUACUCGUCUCCAUGUUCUUGAUAAUGGCCAUCUUCGAGCAUCUCUUCAGGCCUGAGAAUUCUAGUUUUGAUUCACCACAUCGGAUCAGACAACGACAGAACCAGAGCAGUGAUGGGUCCGGUCAGUUCCAGAAACUUGCUACUCAAGCAUCCAUGGUUCCGGUGAACAUGGCGGUGGAUGUAUCGAUAGUGAUGCCGGGAAAGAAUAUGCCGUCGCACAUAGCUUUGCCGGCUCCUUUACCUUGUGGAAGAGAAGGCAUGCAUUCGUUGGCUUCUCCACCUCUAGCAUCUCUGCUAGUAUAACUCGUUUUUUUUUCUGACUCAUUUAGUGGAUUAGUGUUAAACCACGUUGAUAUAAUUUAAAAUGCAUUAAAGGACAAACAAGAGAUUGAUCAACCAAUGGAAGUUCGAUUUUUUUUUUGUUCUUUAGCUACAUGCUUACGUUAUCAAUGUAUAAUUCGUUGUAUAGUUAAAUAACUUAAGUUAACUAAUAUUUUGUCCAUUCGUUUUUUUUUUGUUGUCAUACGGCUAUAUAAAUUAAUUAUUUUAGGAUAAAUCACUUUUCGACAAAAAAAACUGUCUGAUCCAAUUUUCAAAGAAAUUUUAGAUAUCGAAGAGAAAAGAGAAGCUGAUGUAAAAAUCUUAUUCUGUUAAUAAAACUUUGAUUGGAUUUAAAAAAGAAGGAAAAACUCCAAAAUGUAUAUAUUUUUACAAAAUUAAAUUUUUGCAGUUAUGUGUAUAAUCUCAUUGUUGCAUGGAUGCUACAAAGUAAUGUUACAAGAACUUUCUUAUAGUUUCCAAAUGAAAUCUAAAACUUCAUAUAGCAUAUUUGGCAUUUGCUUCAGUACUUAUAAUGCGCACAAAUUUUUCCACGAGGAAGAGAUCAUACAUAUAUGGUGACCUCAGGAACCAGCGUGGAGCCAAUCAUGUGAAUAACAAGCCCACAUGGCAGGGGAUCAUAGUGAGAAUCUUUAUUGUUUUUGGUUUAUUCGGUUACAAGCAACAUUACAGCAAACAAAAAAAUCCUUCUCUUCAGUCCUUUGAAGCUACUUGUUUCUGUAGAAGCGCUCUCCAACCAA